AAAAAUAUUACAAUAACUUCAGUUCAUUUAUAAAAAAAGUUCCAACUUAUACUUCUUUGUGAAAUAUUAUUCCCGAGUCCAGAUAAAUAACAUUUUCUUGCAAAUUAUUUGAUUAUCCCAAAUAAUAUUCACUAUUACCAGUGUUUGUACCCUUUGCAUUCAUUCACUGCAAGCAAGCAGAAAUGGGUAACUGGAAGUUGGAAGUCGGCAGGAUGGCAAUGUAUACUACAUUUCCUGUCGGUCUAUUCUUUUUCUUCAACCAACCAACCUAUUUUGAAGAAUGGGUAACUAAGACAAAGAGGGAAAUAUAUCCACCUGAAAAUAAGCAGAACAGAGAAGACAUACAGAAGUUAAUUCAAGAAAUGAAAAAGAAACAAAUGAGAUCAUUGGAAGGAGAAUAAGUGAAAAUUGAUUACUUUUAUUGCCUGUAGGUACAUGUAGUGUAAAUAUUUAAAUAUAAUUUUCAAUAAAAUAACUAUAUUUAAA